AUGUAUCCAUAAUCUGUAUGAUUACCCACAUAUCUACUUCAUAUAUACAACUUGGGGGGGAUUUCUUUUGGUUUUUGAGUUUUUAUCCCUUAAACUAUGUGCCGUAUGUCUAUUCCGUCCUUAAAUUGCAAAAAUCACCUAUUCCGCCCCUCAACUUCCUGAUUGGAACCAAUUUCGUCUAAUGUCAACGGAUUCCUUUUGUUUGGAUGGAAAAGUUAAUGAAUUCCCCAAUUUGGUCUAAUAUUUCAUCCCUAAGCUAUGCUCCGUUUGUUUACUUCGCCCAUAAACUAUGCUCCAUUUAUCUAUUUCGUCCUUAAAUUAUUUUCCGUUUGUCGAUUCCGUCACUCUUGUUUUUUGAUCUAUUGAAGUUAUCAUCAGAUAGAUGCUCAUAGUCAUGGAUGAACAAGCACAAGUAUUUUCGAACCAAAAUCAACAGGACUACGUCGAUGUACCUUCUUCCCUUCCAAGUGAAGGGAACACAAAUCACGUUUCCUCUUGUUCAUCCACUUGUCUGAGAUUGGAGGAUGCAUUAAUAGGAGAAGAAUAUUUCUCCGAUGCAACUCUCAGGCUGAUAAACCAGAUGCUCAUGGAAGAAGACGACUUGGAAAAUAAGCCAUGCAUGUUCCAAGAGUGCUUGGCUCUCCAAGCCACUGAAAAAUCCUUCUACGAUGCUCUCGGCAACGAAUACACUUCUCCUUCCAAUCAAAGCCCUCUUGGGUUCGACUUUGAUGAUUCCCCUGGUUCCACGAAGGAAAGUUUCGAUAGCAUUGAUUCAUUCGACAACUUCGUCGACGUGUCCAAUUGGCUUCUCGAUCGAGAGGAACGCGAUCGAGAUUUUUACUCUGAGAACACAUUUGAGGAGUCCAUUUUGCCGCCAACCGUCCCUUCAAAUGGAUCCGGUGAGGGGUACUCAGUGGAAUCCCAUUUUAGUCCAUUAAAGGCUUUAGAAUCCUCCAACGGGAGCGUGGGAGAAGAAGAUGAGAAUAAGCGGGAGAAGUCGCCAAAUAGAUCGAGGGAAAAGAAAACUCGUGAUCGAGAGGACGGAGGCGAUUUCGCGGAUGGUGGCCGGGGUAACAAGCAAUUGGCUAGUUCUGCUCAAGAGUCCGAUGACCAAUUUGAGAUGUACGAUAAGGUCUUGCUCUGCCCUCCCAUGAAUCCCAAUUCGCAUCGGGACUCCUCCCUGUUUCUCGUUCGUGAUCACCAUGCCUUCCCAAAUGGGGUCAACAAGAAAUCGCAGCAGAAUCAGAAUGAGCAAUCGAAAGGGUCUAACGGAGGAGGAGGAGGGAACGCUGAGAAGGAAGGCAACGAAAAGGAAGUGGUGGAUUUGAUGACUCUCCUAUCUCAGUGUGCACAAGCUGUUUCAAUCGCCGACCAUAAGAAUGCGUACAACCUAUUGAACCAGAUCAAACAACACUCUUCUCCUUACGGGGACGGAGUCGAAAGAUUGGCACACUAUUUUGGUAAUGCACUCGAGGCGCGUUUGGUUGGCACUGGGGCAGCAUUAUAUGCUGCCCUAGCCACCAAGAGAAUUUCAACUGCUGAUAUCCUGAGAGGCUACGAGGUACAUGUCAGAGCGUGCCCUUUCAACUGGUUGUCUAACGGGUAUGCAAAUAGAUCGAUUAGAACCCUCGUUCAGGAUUCGCAAAGGCUUCACAUCAUAGAUUUCGGUAUUCUGUAUGGGUUCCAAUGGCCUUGUCUUAUCCAAAACUUGUCCGUGAGGCCCGGCGGGCCACCUAGGGUUCAAAUUACGGGAAUCGACUUUCCCCAACCAGGUUUUCGCCCAUCUGAAAGGGUUGAGGAAACCGGGAGGAGACUUGCGACUUAUUGCGAAAGAUUUGGUGUCCCAUUUCAGUUCAAUGCCAUAGCAAAGAAAUGGGACAAUAUCAAUCUUGAUGAUCUUAAGAUCGAGAGUGACGAGGUUCUUGUCGUCAAUUGUUUGUACAGGCUAAGGAACGUGCCAGAUGAGACGGUGGCGGAGAACUGUCCGCGGGAUGGUGUUCUCAACUUGGUGAGGAGGAUCAAUCCGGAUAUGUUCAUCCAUGGAGUCCUGAACGGGGCGUGCAAUGGUCCUUUCUUCAUCUCGCGAUUCAGGGAGGCGAUCAGGGUUGCCUCUUCAUUGUUCGAUAUGUUCGAAGCUACAGUACCGCGUGAAGAUGAGGGGAGGCGUAUGUAUGAGAAAGAGGUGUGGGGAAGGGAUAUUAUGAAUGUAAUCGCGUGCGAGGACACCGAGAGGAUUGAGAGGCCUGAAACGUACAAGCAGUGGCAAAUCAGGAACGUGCGAGCUGGGUUCAGGCAACUCCCGUUGAACCGGGAGAUAUUGAGGGAAUUGAAGGGUAUUGUGAAGGUGCAUUACAACAAGAAUUUCACAGUGGAAGAGGAUGGGAAAUGGAUGCUUCAAGGAUGGAAGGGUCGGAUCAUGUUUGCUCUCUCUUGUUGGAAGCCUAUCAAGGAGUCAUAGAAUACAAGUCCCCAUUUAGAACCUUCAACUGUAAAUAAUAUACAGUACUACCAGUUAUUAUCGUCCAACAAUUUGAGCUUGAAAAUUGUAGUUCCAUCAAAUGUUAACAUAUAUCAUGCAAGUGCUUUCAAA